CGAUCGAUGGGGAGAUGAUGAGGAGGCUGGGUGGGUGGCUAUCACCUUCCCUGCUUUGAGUAAGUACUGUAACGACGGCAACUCCGUGGCACAAGCGUCGCGACUGUAAGGCGAAGUCAUCGUUUUUCUUUACGUACCGCUACACUACCCUUGACAACAGUGUCGCAUUGGUUGUUUCGUGACUUACCAGACUGAGCGCAUCAUGGUUGAACUGCGUAAACGUCCCGCGCCGCCGCCAGCACCAGCGCCGAAAGCGAAGAAAGCUGCGACGACAAAAACAAAAGGCAAAGGGAAGAAGGAAGAUGUACCAGAACAAGAUGCGCCAAAGGAUAGCAAGCCACCUCCAAGCAAUCCUGCCGAGGAUCCGAAGGGUGGUAUCCCCGAGGGCGCUGGUGGUGUAAGCACGACAGCCGAAAUCACUGAUGCGGCGGAGGCGCAAGAUGUAGCCGCGACAGUCGAGGCAGAAGCAGUCAAGCACAAGAAGGGCGCCAAAGCAAGUAGCGCACCGAAGUCCGAGAAGACGGGCCCACCAAAAACGGGUGACAGCAUUGACUUGGAAGGCUUCGGCGGCGAGGUCGAGACGAACGAUGGGUCUAAGACCACGUUGGCGACAUUGGUGGCAGAGAGCAAAGCUGGCAUUGUGCUGUUCACAUAUCCGAAAGCGAGCACGCCCGGCUGCACGACACAAGCAUGUCUCUUCCGUGACUCUUACGAGCCACUAACAGCCACGGGCCUCAGCAUAUACGGACUUUCUACUGACAGCCCCAAGGCCAACACUACCUUUAAAACGAAGCAAAACUUGCCUUACCCGCUGCUUUGCGAUCAAAGUGCUACACUCAUACAGGCUAUUGGCAUGAAGAAAGCGCCGAAGGGCACUACGCGCGGCGUCUUCGUUGUCGACAAGAGCGGCAAGGUGCUCGCUUGUGAGGCUGGCGGUCCCGCUGCCACCGUCGAAGUUGUCAAGGGCAUCGUUAAGCAGCUUGGUGGUGACGCUGACGCAGCAGGUUUGGAGAAAGCGGAGGAGAGGGCUACUGCGGAGGAGGGUAAUGAGGUCGAGAGUAAGUUGGUUGCUGAGACUGCAGCACAAGUCGCUGACAGCGCUGCGAAGGUUGAUCCAUGACGAGGGAUGGGCGCGGGUUGAGGUUGUGAUAUCGACAGUGUGAAGAGCAGAGUUGCCACUGAACCGUUGGCAGCAACUGUAU